AUGUCCACGACAACAGGCGCAUUCCUCGCCGGAGGUAUUGCAGCAUGUGGUGCUGUAACAGUCACUCACAGUUUCGAAACCGUCAAAAUUCGCUUGCAGUUGCAGGGAGAAUUACAGUCGAAGAAUGAAGGUGUGAAAAAAUAUCGAGGCGUUUUGCACGGCGUCAAGGUCAUCCUUCAAAAUGAAGGGCCGAGGGGAUUAUUCCGUGGUAUUGGGUCCGCCUAUAUCUACCAAAUUCUCCUCAAUGGUUGCCGUCUCGGCUUCUACGAACCUCUUCGCUCCACAGUGACGAAUGCCAUCUACAGUGACCCGAACGUGCAAUCGCUCGGCGUCAACGUCUUUGCCGGUGCAGCUUCCGGCGUCAUCGGGGCGGCGGCUGGAUCGCCGUUCUUCCUCGUGAAGACUCGCCUGCAAUCGUAUUCUCCUUUCCUGCCCGUUGGGACCCAGCACAACUACAAAAACUCCAUCGAUGGACUGAGUAGAAUCUAUCGGAGCGAAGGCGUCAAGGGCAUCUACCGUGGUGUUGGUGCGGCCAUGAUACGAACGAGCUUUGGUAGCGCCGUUCAGCUUCCGACGUAUUUCUUUGCGAAACGCCGGCUGACUCGGCAUUUGGGAAUGGAGGAGGGUCCUGCUCUGCACUUGGCCAGCAGUGCCGCUUCUGGUUUUGUUGUGUGCUGCUUCAUGCAUCCUCCUGAUACCAUCAUGGCUCGCAUGUAUAACCAGAGUGGUAACCUGUACCAGGGCGUCUUUGAUUGCUUGUUCAAGACUAUUCGUACCGAGGGCGUCCUGGCAAUCUACAAGGGCUUCUUCGCUCACCUUGCCCGUAUCCUCCCGCAUACUAUCCUAACCCUGAGUCUUGCCGAGCAAACAAACAAACUGAUGCGCCGGGUUGAAAGCCGCAUAUUGCCUGACGCUGUGCGCGAGAAGCUCUAA